UGCCAGAUUGGUGCUGAGAAAAAAAAAACGCUGUGAGACUGCCUAAAGGCAGACCAUGUCAGAGGAUAAUGGGCUUCAAUUGGAGCGGGCAAAGGCGCGGAUAGAAGAGCUUGAGCAGCAGAUUAAGAACCUUCGGGCUGCUGUACCAAGCAGCCAGACAACAGCUGCCCCCUUGACUAGAGUCGUUGGUGGGCAUGUCGUGAAUGAGAUGAUGUACGAGGAGGUCAUCCUAUUGGCAGUGCUAGUGUUUAUGCUGAUGCUGUGGAUGAUUCCAGUCUUGAGGCCUUUCAGGUAUUGCUGUGAGACUAGACUUCACAAGGUUUAUCCAGCGAUCACCAUCUUCAACUUAAUUUGCCUAGCGGUGACUCUCAACCAGCUAUUUUUGAUCAGCUUCAACGACUUUUUCUUUGGGAUGGUAAAUGCCUUCGAACUGAUCUUGCAGAAGACCGAGCAAGCCCUGAUUGGAGUGGCUGCACUUUUUGCCAUUGGGGUUGUGUGGAAGUUCAAAGAUCGGGUUUUCGAGGUUCUUGGUGUUGAGAAUGCUGCAGCGGUGUUUGGUGACUUCCGUGAUUGGGCAACAUGCUGGUCCAUGAAGCGCUUCCAUCCCCUGGAAGUCUUUAUUUGGAAGGUUGAAGGUCUGCCAUCAGCUCGACUGCAUUCACCCAAUGAUGUCUUUUGCGAGGUGUCGUUUGGCUACAAUGUAGUGAUGAAAACACGAGUUCAUCACCGUGCUGGACAUUCUUGCGUGUUCAAAGAGACCUUGCAGCUCAAUUUCGAUCCUUUUGAUUCGGAGCGUCGUCUUACAUUGUCCAUCAUGAGCCAGGAAGUUGUUGGAUCUAGCGAAUUGGCAAAGCUGCAGCUUGGCACAGAGCAGGUCCGUAGGCUAGAAGGACCAGCAGAGGACUUGAGCAGGUCUGUUGGAUGGGGCAGCAAAGCUGACCCAGCAGUUUGGUCCCCUUCCAACUUCCAAUGCUGGGAUUUGGUCCCUGCAGGGAAGGUCUACCUUCGAUUCAUUCCUGUGCCAGAGGAGUCCAAGAGCUGGUGGGACACAUUGACGAGGACAACUUAAGUGCCAGCAACACAAAGUGCUGAUUAGGGUACUCUCCUGUAGUUUAAGAUCAAAAUCCAGUACAGCUACUUGGAUCUCGGCUUCCUCUCCUCUGCAAAGACAGAGCCAGUAUGAGCCAGUACUAUAUACUAUGUGUGCAGCAACCUGGGCAAAGCCUCAGUCAUAUGAGAGCCUUGAAAGAUCUUAAAAGUGCAGUUUGGUCGAUUUCCUCUUGCAACUUUUGGGUGCGCCGUCAGCUCACAUGCGGUGCUUCCGGUUUC